AUGGGUCUCAAAAUACUUGCAAUUGUUUUAGUGUUGUUAAAUAAAAGGUGUUUUGGAUUCGAAAUAUCUGAUGAGGAAUAUGACAAAAUGCCGCCACUGUUCCGUCUCGACGAGUACCACAAGUGUAUAAGAUACGACGGCGUGUACUGUCAGAUUAAGUUGGACCUGUUUGCAGAACCCGAAAACGGCCUUAUGACAUUUAUCAAAGACUAUUCUGAAUCUACUCACUUAAGACAUUACAAUCACUCGUAUUUGGAAGAAGGGAUAUGCGUCACAACAACUUGUAAAGACUACAUCAGAGAUCGGAACUUGGACGAUCCUGAGGAUGUGAAGUCUAUCAUAGAAGAAUGUAGGAACGACAGCAUCUGGCAGGAGUACGGAUUGCAGGCGAGAGUCUCCUUGGUGUACAAUUGCGACAGGAAAACAGACCAGAGUCAGGUGGACCUCCUCGACUGGCUGGUGCUGGGCUUGUUAAUCACCAUCGUACUGAUCAACGUGACCGCUACCACUUAUGAUUGUAUGCUUGAUGAUAAUGCAAAAGUGAACUUGAGCAAAGGCCAGAGAAUAUUUCUGUGCUUCUCGGUAAUUCGCAACUGGAAAUAUCUGAAGUCACCGCCCAGCACUGACCCCAAAAUUAGCAUAUUCAAGGGAAUUAAUGCGAUGAGAACCGUGACGUCAUUUCUGGUCAUACUGGCGCACGUAGUGUGUGUUUUCACAUUGGGAUCUGUGUACAACACACAUGAAUAUGAACAGUCAUUCUCGCUUCCACAUUUCAAAAUCCUGUGGCACGGGAUGCACUCAGUCCAAAUGUUCUUCGUGAUGUCGGGAUUACUGUUGGCUUACAAUAUGCAAGCAGGAUCUGAGACGAAGAAGAUUACGUGGAAAAUGGUGCCGUAUAUACUGUUACACAGAUUCUGGAGAUUAACACCAGGAUUUGCAGUGAUGCUCGCAUUCACGGCCACGUGGCUCCGUCACCUGGGAUCCGGCCCGCUGUGGACCAAACAAGUGGUGUCGGUGUCGGCCCAGUGUCGCCAGUACUGGUGGACGCAUUUACUGUACAUCAAUAACUACUUCAGUGACAACGUGGUUUGCCUGACGCUUUAGUGGUAUUCAGCGGCUGACACCCAGAUGUUCUACAUCGGUAUAGUAGUGCAUAUAUUGACUGUGGCCCAACACAGAAGCCUGGUGUUGGGUGGUCUGGUCGUCCUGGGCAUGAUACUACCCGCGCUUCAUGCCUGGUACUACGACCUGCAUGCUCUGAUGGUUUUCUCCCCUGAAUUCGCCCGAACGAUAAACACGGCCGAUUUCCGUCUGCUGUACAUCAUCGGUCACAACAACAUAAUAUGCUACGUGUUUGGAAUGUACGCCGGUUAUAAGUUGUACGAUUACCGUAAGAACGGCAUCACACUUGCGGGUAACAAGGUGCACAAGUAUAUCUACUGGUCCUGCAUACCAGCUAUCAUCGGACUGGCGCUAGUGGGUAGCAUUUUCUACGGACCAACACCACUGCUGGUGAGGAUGCUGUACCAGAGUACCCACCGCAUCGUCAUAGGAGGCGCUGCCGUCUACUUGAUCAUGGGCUUCACCAUGAAACUAGACACUUUCCUUACGAGCAUAUUCGAUUGGGACGGGUGGGCGGUGUCGGGGCGGCUCACCUAUACCGUCUACUUACUACACAUGAACAUCAUCCAUUACCUGAUCGGGUCCAAGUCCGUGCUCAUAGAAGUGAAAUACUUCUCACUGAUGUUGCUGCUAUUUGGAGUCCUGGUGAUGUCAUACUUAAUUUCUAUCCCAUUCUACCUGAUGGUGGAAGCUCCAAUGGACCCCAUACUUAAACUAAUAUUAGCCAAAAAUGACGACAAAAGCAUACCUGACCACGGCAAGUCGAAUGCAUCAGAAGUUAAAAAGAAGGCAGAUUUAUUUCAGAAAGAAAUUCAAAAGGAGUUAAUUAACACUGGUGUUAAUAAACCCGUGAAAGAAGAUGACAAAAAUAAAUAGAAAUACUAAUUAGGGAAGCAUCAGCAAUAAAUAUGAGAUGUGUAGGAAAGGGAGGCAGAACCGAAUCCUAACCUAACCAACCUCAUGGGGGUCAUAUUUGGUCUUGGCAGAUAUUACGAAUUUUUACAUAACAUACAAUGUAAAAUUUGCAAGUUAUUAACCUAAUUUAAUUAAGAUAUAUUUCUCAAUUAAGACAUGGCAUUAUUGUGAUGUUUAAUGUGUAAACCCUCAUAUAGUUGGAAAUACA